GUUCGCCCGAACCGCAGCCGCAUUCCUCACUCUCCUGCGCUGACCCUUCCCUCUUCCUCACGCUGCCGGCGGUCGCCGACUUCGUCUGCCGUCCAGGCACUUCUCCCACAUUCAGUCCUCUUCUUUACCACACAGUCUAUCCCCUCUCAGCGGCCGCCCUCCGUGGGUCAUCGUAUUCUCUCCCGCAGGUCAGUCUUCGUCUCCGAUAUCGCAGGCCGUUCCUCCUCCUUGAUAUCGCAGAAGGAUCGGUCUCACUUGCAGUCCAGUCUCUCUCACACAACAUCCAGUUUCCUCCAGCCGCUAUAGCCUCAGCCCUAUUCUCUGACGACGUAGUUCUCCUUCUUCAACUCCGUCGAAACAGGAUCAGAUAUGCAACGAUUCAAAGCCCUUGCGCAAGUCCGGAGGUCCAUCUCCACCAUCUACCGUCCUCUCUUUACUACAACACGACCCAUUUCUACCCAUGACAAUCAACCCCAUAAGGAGGUGCUUGUGGAGGGUAAGGCAAGUGCUCGUGCUGCCAUCCUCAACCGGCCUUCUAAUCUCAAUGCCCUCACAACCAAUAUGGCAACUCGGUUGAAGAAACUAUAUGAGUCUUGGGAGGAUAACCCAGAUAUUGGGUUUGUUAUCAUGAAAGGCAGUGGCAGAGCAUUUUGUGCUGGUGGUGAUGUUGUUACUCUUUAUCACUUAAUUAAUGAAGGCAAGGUGGAAGAUUGCAAGGACUUCUUCAGGAAUCUAUACAUGUUUAUUUACAUUUUAGGGACUUAUUUAAAGCCUCACGUGGCUAUCCUAGAUGGUAUUACCAUGGGGGGAGGAGCAGGAAUCUCCUUUCCUGGGGCAUUUCGUGUUGCAACAGAUAAGACUAUUUUUUCUACACCAGAAAUUCACAUAGGCUUCCAUCCUGAUGCUGGAGCUUCCUUCUACCUGUCACAUCUAACUGGUUAUAUAGGGGAAUAUUUGGCAUUGACAGGUGAAAGACUUAAUGGAAUUGAUAUGCUUGCAGUUGGCCUUGCUACACACUAUACAAUGAGUGCUAGGCUUAAUUGGCUGGAUGAACGGCUUGCUAAGUUGGUCACUGAUGAUCCUUCAACGAUAGAUGCUUCCCUUGCAACUUUUGGUGAUAUUGUAUAUCCAGAUAAAAACAGCAUUGUUAACAGGUUGGAGUUGAUAGAUAAAUGUUUUGGCCUUGAAACAGUUGAAGAGAUUUUGGAUGCUUUGGAGAUUGAGGCAGCCAGAUCAAAGCAAGAAUGGUGUAUUGUUGCAUUAAAGAAACUGAAAGAAGCUUCUCCUUUGAGUUUAAAAGUUGCCUUACGAUCUAUAAGAGAAGGUAGGUUUCAGACUCUCGAUGAAUGCCUUGUUCGAGAGUACAGAAUGUCUCUUCAUGGGAUCUCAAAACCACUUUCUCACGACUUCCUUGAGGGUGUCCGAGCACGGCUGGUCGACAAAGACUUCACCCCCAAGUGGGAUCCCCCGACAUUGGACAAAGUAUCAGAAGACAUGGUUGAUCAUUACUUCUCACCUCUCGGCGAAUUGGACUCUGAACUAAAGCUACCUACACACUUGCGUGAAGCCUUCAUUUGAUUCCGUGAUCGAAAAUGGUUUCAGUGUGCUGGACACAGCUCGCAAAGCCAGUGUUUGAACACGAAAUGCCUGUUCAUAACAGGUGUCUGGCGCUAACAUGAUUUUCAGCGCCUUAUUUUGCUUCGAAGUGAAAUUGAUGAUUUUGGGCAUGUAACGAACCAAAAUCUUAGUAUCGCUAUGAGAUCUGCAUUUUUUAUAAAUCUUUACCUUCACCUUCUAAACAAUAGUCUCAUUUCCUUAA